AUGGAUUCAAAUGUCCUUGUUAGAAGAAGUUUCACAACCGGCUACUUUCGAAUAUACAAGAAAUAUUAUCUACAUAUAAUUGCCUUGAUAGGUUUCCUGAUUGUGAUCCAAAGCCGUACACGUGUUGUUUUCACGACUGCAUCGAUAAUCUACCAAUAUUCGCCGAACUUACAUAACGUAAGUCACAAUUAUACCUAUUUAAUGAAAUGUCCAUCGGAAAACUCACCCAAGCAUCUUUCUGUACAUCCACAUCAACUAGUCAAUAUGAUAUCCAUAGUCUUACAGUCCAGUUCUUUAAUGUACUGUCCUGUUCCAAAAAUAGCAACGAAAACUCUGUUAAAUAUUAUACUAUAUGUGCAUGUGCGUGAUCUUAUUCAUCAUGUCGAGAAUAAUUGGACAAAUGUUAGCACUAACAGAGCACAGAUAGAAAAGAUGAUUAAUAUUUCUGCUUUUAUCAAAGAUCUGCAAUUUAAUGGAGUUGUCAUCCCGAAAUCGGAGAUGCCCAAAUCUGCUGUUGAGUUUCUUCACAUGUAUCUCAACAUUCUUCAAUUUGGUACGAUCAAUACAUCGUCUUCAUCGAAACUCAUUAAUCCUUGGCGACUUCGUUUCACAUUCGCAUUCCCUUAUUUUCGCCUGAACAAUCUUCCUAGUUUAGCAGAGAUAUUCACACCAUCUUUCAAUCGAGUUAUUUUCGUUCGUCAUCCUUUUGAACGUCUAGCAUCGGCUUAUAAAGAGAGAAUUGCUACACUUGCCAAGGAUAGAAUUGAGCCCGAACCCGAAUACGACGCCAUGCGCACAGAAAUUUGCCAACAACGCGUGGUGUCUCAAAGAGUUCGUUCAUUAAGACCAACACAAGAUUCAUGCAUGCAUACGGUGCCGUCAUUCGAAGACUUCCUUCGCUAUAUUCUUACCAUAACUCACAUACCUAAUGGAAUUGCUCGCAUGAACUAUCACUGGCAACCCUAUUCCGUCCUCUGUCAAGUUUGUAAAUUUAAGUAUAACUUCAUUGGUAAAUAUGAAAUGUUCAAUGAUGAUUUAUCUCGGUUCCUCAAGCUUUACAAUAUAUCUAAUUGGAAUAUUGAGCGACGAAAUGGUGCAUCAGGUCUUUCUAAGCGGGAUUACCAAGCUUAUUACGACACAUUGCCAGAUGAUCUUAUUUGCGAACUGAUCAAACUGUACCGUGAUGAUAUGCGUUUAUUUAAGUAUCGAAUUGAAGAUUACGUUAAUCGAACUACCUUAUUUCAAAAUUGUAAAUGGCUCACGUCAGCCCUUUCCUAA